AAUGGGCAGGAAUUACAUCUUCCAACAAGAUAACACAGGCUGCCACACAGCAAGAGCAACUAGGAGGGCCUUUAGAAUGAAUGGUAUCAAUCCAAUUGAUUGGCCAGCAAAGAGCCCUGACCUGAGCCCUAUAGAAAAUAUGUGGCACCUGACAAAAAAUUUAGUUUACAAUGGGGCACAAUUUCAAUCUGGGGAUGAACUGUGGGGGAUAAUAAAAAAAUGUUCAUACCAGGUUAUAAGUCAAAAUCCUGACUUGCUACCAAAGUUAUAUGCAGGGAUGGGAGUCAGACAGGCAAAUGAUGAUGACAUUGAGAGAAUUGUGGAUUUAUUUUUACAAGGUUUUCCUUUUAAAUGGAAAUAUACAUUCAGAGAAGAAGAGAUGGAUGAAGUCAGAAAAUUAUUCAUUCACGAUUUUAGAGUUGCUGAGACAGUAAUUCCAAAUACAUUAGUUGCAGAAGAAAAUGGAAAAAUUGUUGGAAUUUGUCAAAUGAAAUAUCCACAUGUUAAACCAAUGAAAUAUGGCAAUUAUCGUGCAGAUAUAUCAUUCAAAUCUGUAUUUAAAGUUAUUCUCUCUUCUGGAAUGUUGGAAUAUUUAUAUACAAUGAAGGAUGAUGAAUGUAUUAUUGAUCAUUUAGUUGUUGAUAGCCAGUGCAGGGGCAAAGGUAUCGGGAAAAUUCUCUUAAAUGCUGCUGAUGAAGAAGCAAAAGGCAGAGGAUUAAAAAAAGUAUGUUUGUUAGUUGCACAUCACAAUGAAAGAGCUAAAAAGUUGUAUGAAAAUUGGGGUUAUAUUGCUGCUAAAGCCUAUUAUGGUACAAAAAUAUUCAUGUUUGGAGAUACAGGAUAUUAUAGAAUGGAAAGAACAGUAGUUUAA